AUGUUUCCUCACGUUCUUUUUACCCGGUGUUGUGCAGAGUUGGUUGGGCCCUGGGAUGUUGUGGCUCAGGUCUUCAAUGCUACCCAACAUGACCUGGUGAAUCGAGGGUCUUCCUUUGCGAGGUCGCUGCCGCAGGCAAUGCGAUCGAAGUCGCUAGUUGUUGUGGAGGAUUUGAAAGAGGUGCACUGCGCACUGAAUCCUGUCCUGGCAUUCGGUGUUGCUGUUUCUGGCCUUGCUCUUUGCACUGCCCCGGACUUUGUCUCAGACAAACCUGAGCGUGUUGUGGAGCACCUUCACCCGCAGCAAGUCCCAACCUUGUCAGUGGACCGCAGAGGCCUCACAAAAAAUGCAAAGCAGGUUCUGGACACGGCAGCUGCGCUCAAACGUGUGACCGUGGUGGAGCCGAGCACCGAGGAAGGGUCAGACGUCUUCAAGGUCACGGCUAAUGACGAUUUGAAGAAGCCCGCGCUCUCCUUGCUACGAAUCCGACGCGAAGAAGGGGUGGCAGUUGAGGGUCUGGAGAGGGUCACUCGCCAGCCUCUGGCUGACACUUCUCGAGAUGCUCAGAGGCUGGACCUGGAUAUGCUCGUCGUUGGGGUCAGGUCGUCUCUUCACAUGGCCUUGCCUGCUGAUGCCUUCCAGCAGUCUCCGAACGCCAUGGCCAUCUCGGUGGAGCUUUUGAAGUCUCCCUCAGCAGAGGUGCAGUUCUUUGCCGCUUCGACCGUGCACCGCCUCAUCUGCCACACACACGACAAACAGGCUGCCAACUACGAGUGGCUCUUGCAAGAGGCAGCACGCGUGGCCCCUGCAGCACGCCGGGAGCUUCUAGCGGCACUGGCGUUUGCAACCGGGACGUCCCUCGCACCAAGGGCGUUGACCUUCCUUAGCCAUGCAGACAGCUGGUCAGUCGGCCUGGAUUUGUUGCUGGCCCUGCCACCUCCUUUACCAGAGCUGACGGGAGUCUGUCACCAGCUGGCUCCUCGCUUUGGCUGCGGCUGUGACGAGCGGCUCCUGUCGUGCGCCCUCAGGUUUCCGGAUGGCAUCGCUGAGACGCCGGUGGCGCAGCAUCUCGAAGCCGCGGUUGCUGCAGGUCGAAUCUACGAGAUCCCGAAGGCGGAACGCCUGCCAGGGCCGCUUUGCCAGCGUCUCUUCCAUGCUGCCCUUACUGCCUUGGCUGGCGGACAUGUGGAUGCCGCAGCAAGCGUCCUCUUGGACCUGCCGCCGUGUGGCCUGGACCUGCUGGAGCCUGCUGCUUUCCUGCUCCAGGCGCCUGUGAUUUCAACCCGCCUGGCGGGCGUUGAGCUGUGGUCCCGUAUGGUUCAGCAGCUUGGUGAGACCAAGGAUCCUCGUUUUGACAUCGCCUUCGCCCGCUUUCGGGAAUGUUUCUUCAUGGCUGCAGAGUGGGUUGACGGGGAGGACACAGAGCCCCUGCGCGAGGCCCUUUGGUCCUUGGCGGGGGCGUGGCAGCUAGCUUCGCCCAGGCGCGUGACCCUCGUUGAGCCGGCAUUUGAGGAUCUGAGGAAGGUUCUCACUGCUGGCGGCUCCUGGCAGCGCGCCGAAGCGGCCCUUUGGCUCCUGGCCGAGUACGCCAAGGGCGGCAAGAAGGAAGAGGUGCAGAAGGCUACUGAGGCGGCACUCCUCAUCUUCGCCAAGCUCCGGGACCUCCCCGAUUCUACAUUGCAGCCCCUGGAGCCCUUGGUGGUGUCCUCGUGCGCGCUCAUCGAAGCCCUGCCGUGCUUGCAAGCUGCGCCGUUCUUGCUGGACCUGCGUCUGGCUCGGCCACAGGCGCGGAAGGCUCUGCGGAGCGUCUGCGCCUCGCACCGCGCGGCCCUGAUGGGCACCGACUUGGCCAAGACCCUGAUGCGCCGUGCUCUGGAAGGUGAAGACGACCUCGUAGCAUCGGCCGCGCAGCUCCAAGACGCGAACGGCGUGCGGCAGCUGGCGCAGCACUGGGCCAAGCUGGCCAUGGAGGCGACUCCCCAGGAGCUGCCAAAGCGGGCGCGGGCCGUCUUUGCCGCCAUGACGCGGCCGGAGAUAUGCGUGUUGCUGAUGACGGACUGCGCCCAGUUUCUGCGAUUCGUGCCUCGAGAGGAGCAGGUCCUCUUCGCAGUGCGCAUCGCUGACUUCGCGAGCACCUCGCAGCCUUUGCGGGGGCCCGCGCUGGAGGUCUGGAUGGCCGUGUGGCCCCAGUCGGAGGGUGACGAAGACCUGGUUGCGGCUCUGGAGCAGUUAGUCCAGACGACGGCCCGCACCUCGGACUUGGCGGCGCCCGCCUUGACGCUCUUGGUGAAGAGCUUCGCCACCGCAACCUCCUGGGCUCCUCAGUGUGUGAACGCCGCCCUGGGCGCAGUGGAGGCUUCCGUGGCACCCGCGACGUCCCCCUGGCCCCUCACUGUGACUAUGGCUGCUGCUUACGGCUACGUCCUUCAAUGCGCCGCCACCAUCGCCAGCUGCCAACCCCUUCCCAGCGCGGUGUCCCUGGUGGGGGCUUUGGCCUCAUGGAGUGACGCCACCGAGCUCGGCCGCGCGCUGCGCGGGGCGCUGCUGUCCAACGAAGGGGCCGUGCGAGCGCUGGUUGCCCAGAGCGAGAACAACCGCACGUCGCAGCGAAUUAUACAGGCCCUCGGCCUUUGA